CUCGCGGUGGAUUGGGAGGGCGCGGUCCGGCUCGAGGGCUUUCUCCCGGCCGCCUCCCGCUGGGUGUGGGCUCGAAGCGCCUUCGGGGAAGCUGCGGCCCCGAGGGCGGAUCCGAGAACAUAAACAUUAAAGUCACAAUGAAUGGUCAUAUUUCUAAUCAUCCCAGUGGUUUUGGAAUGUAUCCAUCUCAAAUGAAUGGCUACGGAUCAUCACCUACCUUUUCCAUGAACAGAGAACACAAUUCAAGAACAAGUGCAAAGGCCCUCUAUGAACAGAGGAAGAAUUAUGCACGGGACAGUGUCAGCAGUGUGUCAGAUAUAUCCCAGUACCGUGUUGAACACUUGACCACCUUUGUUCUGGAUCGGAAAGAUGCUAUGAUAACUGUUGAUGAUGGAAUAAGGAAGCUGAAAUUGCUUGACGCCAAGGGCAAAGUAUGGACUCAAGAUAUGAUUAUUCAAGUGGACGAGCGAGCUGUGAGCCUGAUUGAUUUAGAAUCAAAGAAUGAACUGGAGAAUUUUCCUUUAAACACAAUCCAGCACUGCCAAGCUGUGAUGCACUGCUGUAACUAUGAUUCAAUCCUUGCCCUGGUGUGCAAAGAGCCAACUCAGAACAAGCCAGAUCUUCAUCUUUUCCAGUGUGAUGAGAUUAAGGCAAACCUAAUUAGUGAAGAUAUUGAAAGUGCAAUCAGCGACAGUAAAGGAGGCAAACAGAAGCGGCGGCCUGAUGUCCUGAGGAUGAUUUCCAAAGCAGACCCUGGCAUACCACCUCCACCCAGAGCCCCCGCCCCUGUGCCCCCUGGGACUGUGACCCAAGUGGAUGUUCGAAGUCGGGUGGCAGCCUGGUCUGCACUGGCAGCUGACCAAGGGGACUUUGAGAAACAGAGGCAUUAUUAUGAGCAGGAAGAAACACCUGAGAUGAUGGCAGCCCGCAUUGACAGAGAUGUGCAAAUUUUAAACCACAUUUUGGAUGACAUUGAAUUUUUUAUCACAAAACUCCAAAAAGCGGCUGAAGCAUUUUCUGAGCUUUCUAAAAGGAAGAAAGCUAAGAAGGGUAAAAAGAAAGGACCAGGAGAGGGUGUUUUAACCCUGCGGGCAAAACCCCCACCUCCUGAUUCAUUUGUUGACUGUUUGCAGAAAUUUAAACAUGGAUUUAACCUUCUGGCGAAAUUGAAGUCGCACAUCCAAAAUCCUAGUGCUGCAGAUUUGGUUCAUUUUUUGUUUACUCCAUUAAAUAUGGUGGUGCAGGCAACAGGAGGUCCUGAAUUAGCCAGUUCAGUACUCAGCCCCCUGCUGACUAAGGACACAAUUGAUUUCUUAAAUUACACUGUCAAUGCUGAUGAAAGGCAGCUGUGGAUGUCACUGGGCGACUCUUGGAUGAAACCCAGAACAGAGUGGCCAAAAGAGCAGUUUAUCCCACCCUACGUCCCACGGUUCCGCAGUGGGUGGGAGCCUCCGCUGCUGAACUUCAUGGGAACAGCAGUGGAGCCAGACCUCUAUCCACUGACGGAGCCUGUGGCAAAUGCAGCAGAACAUCUUCGCAAGCAGGAAACAAAAAGAUUAUCCACAGAGCAUUCCAGUGGGUCAGAGUAUUCCCCAGCUGAUGGGUAUGCAGCAUUCAAUAACGUUUAUGGAAGAGGGCACCAUCUGGACCAAGGGGAAGCCGCUGUUGCUUUUAAGCCAACUCCUCAUCGCCAUGUAGAUAGAAAUUAUGAUCUACAACCCAAGAAAUAUGCCAAAUCCAAGUAUGACUUUGUGGCAAGGAACAGCAGUGAGCUCUCAGUUCAGAAGGAUGAUAUUUUAGAGAUUCUUGAUGAUAGGAAGCAAUGGUGGAAAGUUCGAAAUGCAAGUGGAGACUCUGGAUUUGUGCCAAAUAACAUUUUGGAUAUUGUGAGACCCCCAGAAUCUGGAUUAGGGCGUGCUGAUCCACCUUACACACAUACCAUACAGAAACAAAGGAUGGAGUAUGGUCCAAGACCAACUGAUAUUCCCUCUGCUCCAUCACCUCCUCCAACACCAGCUCCUGUUCCUGUCCCCCUUCCACCUUCUGCUCCAGCACCUGUUCCUGUGUCAAAGGUCCCGGCAAAUGUAACCCGUCAGAACAGCAGCUCCAGUGACAGUGGUGGCAGUAUUGUGCGAGACAGCCAGCGGCAGAAACAAAUCCCUGUGGACCGUAGGAAAUCUCAGAUGGAGGAAGUUCAGGAUGAGCUCAUUCACAGACUGACCAUUGGUCGGAGUGCCGCCCAGAAGAAGUUCCACGUGCCACGGCAGAAUGUGCCAGUUGUCAAUAUCACUUACGAUUCCACCCCAGAGGAUGUGAAGACUUGGUUGCAGUCAAAGGGGUUCAACCCUGUGACCGUCAAUAGUCUUGGAGUAUUAAAUGGUGCACAACUUUUCUCUCUCAAUAAAGAUGAACUAAGAACAGUCUGCCCUGAAGGGGCCAGAGUCUUUAGCCAAAUCACUGUACAGAAAGCCGCAUUAGAGGAUAACAACGGCAGUUCUGAGUUGCAAGAAAUCAUGCGAAGACGACAGGAAAAAAUCAGUGCUGCCGCUAGUGAUUCAGGAGUGGAAUCUUUCGAUGAGGGAAGCAGUCACUAAUUUGUUUUUAAACUCCAUUAUUCUUGGCAUUAUUCCAGCGUGCUUUGUUUUAAGAAGCCAUGAAGGGAAUGUCAGAUUCUUAUUUCUUGGUAUACAUAAUUUAUCGCCAUAAAGAAACAAUGCAAACAUUAAGCAAGCAGAGGACUUGCCUCUGGCCCAUUAUUUUUUUUCAAACUAAAAAAUUUUUAACAGAAUUUUUGACCUUGGGAAAUAUUUUGCGUACUUCACCAAGGGGAGGUUUCUUUUUUUGGAUUAAUUAUUUCAUCCCCACCUCAAGGCAUAAGCAGACUCUUUUUUUUUUGACAGUGGUGAAUUUAUUUAUUGCAACAAAACAGAGAGGUUACCCAUGAUUCAAAAUCUAAACAAUUUCAGUUCUGCCUGUGACUGUGGUGUGUGUCAUUCAGGAUAUAGCUUACUUUAGUCUAGCCUCUGCUUACUUAGGUUUCUUCUUUGACAUAAUGGUAGAAUAUUUAGAUUUAUUUAAGUUCUUAAUGCCAACAGUUUAAAAAAUUUAAAACAUUUAAUGAGCUGUAAAAUACAAUAAGGUCUUGGACAUGCAGAUAGAAACCUAUGGAGCAUUCCCAGGAUAUUUUAUUGGUCAUGGCUCUGUUAAUCACAAUUCCUUGUAUAGCUUGUAUUUUGAUUUAGUUUAUAUUCUGCUUAUCUGUACUGUGUUCUUAUAUAUGAGAAAGCACAAGUGUAAAAGAGGUCAUACACAUUUAAAAUCUGUCACAGGAAAUAGCCUGCAUUGGUGUGUGUUACAGUAUUUUGCUUAAAGAAGGCCUCAAUGCUGAAUAUUGCUAUAAGUAGUUACAAGCAAAUUGGGGCCAUUGUAUGUGUUUAUCUGUGUCAAGUUUUUCUGGUAAUAAGAAGUAAUUUUACACAUAUUUUAAUCCUGUGAAAGAUUCUAGGUAGAGAAAAGCAAGAAGACUUAACCUUCAACAAAUGUUAUUUUUGGAAACAUGAUUUUUGUCAUUAAAUGUUAUAUUAUUUCACAUAUAUAAAACAGAUGUUAUGUAAGAAUGUUGUAUAUUUUAACAUAAUUCCAUUUAGAGAGAUUAUCUAGAUUCAUUAAUUUUCAUAGUGCCUUUUUCACAUGAGUCAGCUGGAAAGUCUGCAAUAAACAGUAUUUGCUGUAUGUUAA